CUCAAGAAGAGUUUGAAGAUACACAUACAUGUCCAGACUGUAAAAAACUUUAUCAUGCAAAGUUUUAAGUUUUAAAUAACUUUGCACAAAUGUCUACAACAUCAAGACAUGUUGUAAGACCCAUGUUCCUAUCUCCAAGGUCAAGGUCACUCUAAUAGUUUGAAGGUACUUAUGCUCAUAAGAAGAGUUUGAAGGUACACAUUAGUUUCCAAGGAUUUUAAAAAUAACUUGCAUAAAUGUCUACCCCAUCAAGAUUAUCACAUCUAAGAUGGUCUUGGUUUUUAGCAUAUACUUUUUAAUUAUUUAGAACUUGUUUAAGAUCUUUUUAUACAAAUUUAGAAUUGUGAUAUGUUAGAUAAAAUCAUUAUUUAUAACGGAUUCCUGAAGGACGGCCUGAGUCAGACGAGAUUCCUUUCAAUCCUUCCACUUCCCAAUGGCAAGGCAGACACCAUUACCAACAGCUUCAAGAACUACAACUUCCACUCACCAAGAUGUGUGCCUUUGGAAGUGAUGGGGGCAAGUGUGAUGGUUGGAGCGAGAAAUGGUGUAGCAGCUCAGCUGAGACAACUCAUCCCUCACCUGAUCAUCAAACAUUGUGUUGCUCAUCGCCUCACUCUGGCAGCAGGACAAGCAUCAAAGGGACUCUUCUACCUGCAAAAAGACAUCCUUGGGGACCUGUAUCGCUUCUAUGCUAAAAGUGCUGUUAGAACGCAAAGACUGGGUGACAUACAAGAGUUGAUGCACGAGCCAGGCAUCAAAUUAGUUGAGGCCAAGGAUGUGAGAUGGCUGUCGCAUGAUAAAGCCACUACCACUCUGAGGAGAUGUCUCCCUUCUGUGUACACCAGUUUAGAGUAUGAGACAGAGGAACACAAUGAUUCCAGGGCAGCAGGCCUCUUCAGGUUCACACAGAACUAUCAGUUUGUCGUGACUACACAUGAUGUGUGACGUUCUGCCUCAUCUGUCUAACCUUUCCAAGGCUAUGCAGGAAAUCUUUUCUUCUUUUUAAGCUUAAUAGUGGACUGAGUCAUUUUUAGCUCACCUGUCACAAAGUGACAGGGUGAGCUUUUGUGAUCGCUUUUCGUCCGGCGUCCGUCCGUCCGUAAACUUUUACUAUAAAUGACAUCUCCUCAUAAACCACUAAGCCAAUUUCAUCCAAACUUCACAGGAAUGUUCCUUUGGUGGUCACCUUUAAAAAUUGUUCAAAGAAUUUAACUCUGCCAUAGCAACCGAAAGAAAAAACUUUAAAUAUCUUCUUUUAAAAAACCUAAAGAGCUAGAGCUUAGAUAUUUGGCAUGAAACAUCUUCUAGUGAGUGUCUACCAAGUUUGUUCAAAUAAAAGCCCUGGGGUCAAAAUUGGCCCCGCCCCAGGGGGUCAUUGAUUUUGCCUAUAUGCAUAUAGUAAAAACUUAAAAAAUCUUCUUUGAAAAAACCCAAAUAGCUAGAGUUUAGAUAUUAAGCAUGAAACAUGUUCUAGAAAGUGUCUACAAAGUUUGUUCAAAUAAAAGCCCUGGGCUCAAAACUGGCCCCGCCCCAGGGGUGUCAUUGUUUUAACUAUAUGUGUAUGGUAAAAACUUAAAAAUCUUCUUUUAAAAAACCCAAUGAGCUUCAGCUUAGAUGUUUAGCAUGAAACAUCUUCUUAUGGGUGUCUACCAAGUUUGUUCAAAUAAAAGCCCUUGGGUUAAAAUUGGCUCUGCCGGUGGUGGGGGAGGGGGCAGAUCAUUGUUUUUCAUUAUAUGUCUGUAGUAAAAACUUAACAUCAUGAAAUAU